CCUACCAAAUUAUUAAAUAAAAAAUAAAUUUAAUCACAACCCUUCUUUUUAUACAUCUCUCUCCACAAAACAAAACCCUUCUCUCUCUAUCUCUCUUAAUCUCUCUCCCCAGAUCUCUAUCGCUCCAUCCCCUUGGAGUGAAAAAAUAAUGGAGAAUAAUGCGGGUAGCAAAGAAAUCAGCAUUGGUGGGGCGCUGAUGUUUAGUGAAGAGGAGGUUAGGGAGCUGAGUGGGUUUGUUAUCUGCGAGGAUCAUGUGGAGAUCACUUGUGGAUGCACUAGUCAUCAAUACGGUGAUGCUGUGGCUACUCUUAGGGUUUUUCCCAAUGGCGAUCUUCAAAUUAACUGUGAUUGCACCCCUGGUUGUCCUGAAGACAAAUUAAGCCCUGCUGCAUUUGAGAAGCAUUCUGGAAGAGAAACUGCCAGAAAGUGGAAGAAUAAUAUUUGGGUCAUAGAUAAUGGCGAGAAGGUACCAGUGGCAAAGACAGUACUGCUGAAGUACUACAAUAAAACAACAAAAUGUGGCAAUAAAGGAUCACAAAAUGGUCGUGUUGGUCAUCGUGAUGAGUUUGUUCGCUGUACUGUGUGUAGCAAGAGGCGAAGGUUUCGGCUUCGCAACAAAGAAGAAUGCCAAGUUUAUCAUAAUGCUUUCAAAGAUGCAAAGUGGAAAUGUUCUGACACACCAUAUGAAAAGGUAGCAUGUGAAGAUGAAGAAGAACGAAAGAGUCGAAGAGUUUAUCGCGGAUGUUCCCGUUCUCAAACAUGCAAAGGUUGUACAUCCUGUGUAUGUUUUGGGUGUGAAGUUUGUCGUUUUUCAGAUUGCAGCUGCCAGAUUUGCAGUGAUUUCACCAAGAAUGCUAAAAAUUAGAUCUCUAGUUAAAUCCUGGACAAGACUUGCUAUUUCGAGCUGCUGGUCUAUUCUCUAGGGAUUCUUGAACAUCAAGUGUCGUUAGUUAUUUCAUCAUUUACUUUGUUCAGACAUUGGUACUUUAUAUCACAAAUUAUCUGUCAACGUUGACGGGUUCAUAAGUUAUGGUGGAAAUGGUACUUUGUCGGAUUCCUUGGAAA